AUAAACGCUUUCCUCAGCAUACGACGCACGAAAGAAAUUCACGGGUUCAUUAAGAAUCAGUUUAGUGUAUAAAAACAAAAAAAAUGCUAAUUAUUCGCUCAUUUGUUUUUGUAAAAAUUAUACAUAGCGACAUUUGAGUAAUCUAAUCGAGAUGAGUUGAAUAUUAAUAUUACAGACACCAUUUGUUCUUGUAAACACUCAAAAAAUAUGUACGUGACACUUUAUCGCUUAAAACGCGUUUCGUGAUAACGCGCGUGUAGUUUAUUAUUUAUUAUUAUUGUUAAUCGGAGUAUCAAUGUAGCUUAACAUUGUUGUGGCCGGGGGAGCGCGUCGCUGGUUUUGUAGCAAUGUAUUCGUUUCUGACUAAACUGGGGGAUAUACUUACACUACAUUCUUUUUAGUAACGUUUGGGCUGCUUUAUAUGAAUAGAUUUGCGUCGGAAAUCGCGCGCAACGAAUGGCAAGGUGGCGCGCCGAGGAUCAUUCUCCAUGUCUAGUUGUGUUCCUAUUGGGCGAGUGGUGGAAAUAUGUCAGGCAUAUGAUAUGCUCGCCUAGGGCGGGAGGAGUAGACAUGUGUUUAUAAAGCUCCGUGGGGCGGCGACAGUGAGUUAAAAGGUGGUCGAAGGAGGUGGUCGCGUUAUCGCCUUCACUUCACCCAAAUGCGAGGUAGGGAAGGCGGGUCGCCCUCUGCCGCUCCGCGCCCUCACCUGUAUGGAUGACCACUACAACCUCAUUGACUCGCCCUCAGCCAGUCACAGAGGGAACAACGCCGACAACCACGGAUACGCGGAGACCGAUAAGGACAUCAUGACAGUUGUCGCCUGUGAUAAUAUGCUGGAGGAGACCUCCGCGCUUCCCAGUCACAAUUUGGUGGAUCGAUACGAGCCCGAUCACGAGUGUUGCGAACGAGUGGUCAUCAACAUCUCGGGACUGCGCUUCGAGACCCAACUCAAAACUUUCAACCAGUUUCCGGACACGCUGCUGGGGGACCCGAAAAAGAGGAUGCGCUACUUUGACCCGCUCAGAAACGAAUAUUUCUUCGACAGAAACCGACCGAGCUUCGAUGCCAUCCUGUACUACUAUCAGUCAGGUGGUCGUAUUCGGAGACCCGUGAAUGUUCCCAUUGAUAUUUUCUCGGAGGAAAUUCGAUUCUAUCAACUUGGCGAGGAGGCGAUGGAGAAAUUUCGCGAGGAUGAAGGUUUCAUCAAAGAAGAGGAGCGACCCUUGCCAGAACACGAAUUUCAGAGACAGGUUUGGCUCUUGUUUGAAUACCCAGAGAGCUCAGGUCCUGCACGAGGCAUCGCUAUUGUGUCUGUUUUGGUCAUUUUGAUUUCCAUUGUUAUUUUCUGCUUGGAGACUUUGCCCGAGUUUAGGGACGACAGGGACCCAAUCACUGUGUCGCCCAUAGUAAAUGGCACAGGCCCGUUUGUGUCCAGCCCUUUCACAGAUCCAUUCUUUGUGAUCGAGACACUUUGCAUCAUCUGGUUCUCCUUUGAACUCCUCGUCCGAUUUUUUGCGUGUCCAAGCAAGGCCACGUUUUCCAAAAACAUAAUGAACAUCAUUGAUAUUGUGGCCAUUAUCCCCUACUUUAUUACUCUGGGCACGGAGUUGGCUGAGAGGCAAGGCAAUGGACAGCAAGCCAUGUCACUCGCCAUCCUCCGCGUAAUCCGCCUGGUCAGAGUGUUUCGCAUCUUCAAGCUCUCCCGCCAUUCCAAAGGCCUCCAAAUUCUCGGACAGACCCUAAAAGCCAGCAUGCGGGAGCUGGGACUCCUCAUCUUCUUUCUCUUCAUCGGCGUCAUUUUGUUCUCCAGCGCAGUGUACUUUGCAGAGGCCGACGACCCAACCUCGAGUUUCAGCAGCAUUCCAGAUGCGUUUUGGUGGGCUGUGGUCACCAUGACCACCGUGGGCUACGGAGACAUGCACCCGGUAACCAUCGGAGGCAAAAUUGUCGGGUCUUUGUGCGCCAUCGCCGGCGUAUUGACAAUUGCGCUACCGGUGCCUGUCAUUGUUUCCAAUUUCAACUACUUUUAUCACCGGGAAACUGACGGGGAAGAGCAUGCACAGUACCUCCACGUUGGCAGCUGCCAGCACAUGAACUCCACGGAAGAUCUCAAGCGGACACAAAGCACGUCUUCCCUCAGCAAAUCGGAAUAUGUGGUCAUAGAAGAAGGAAUAAACAGCGCUUUCAAACAGCCAAACUACACAGACCAGAACAAUCAAAACUGCGUGAAUAUUAAAAAGAUCUUCACAGAUGUGUAAAUCGUGCACAGUAUACAGUGCCAAUCAGGCCACCAAGAGCGCACCCCUUGAAACGCGAGGUAGUGCUUAAUUACACACUUUACGGACAAGCCAGCAUAUUUGGGCUUUUUCGGUAAUUAAACGGUGCCAAACUCGCAACAAUUCACGUGUUGCGUUUUCAGCACAAAUGAUAAGAUCAAGGACUCAAUAUAACACAAACCCAAACUGCAAAUAGUGUGCUCGUAAGUCUUCGUUUGUUAUCAGUGUUGACAUAUAAUCGUCAUAGUACGUUAGUAUUUUGUGGCAAAGUGAAACAACCCAGCAUGUGUCGCUGUUUAUUAUGUGAACAAUUUGAAUAUGCUCAGAGAUUAUGUGUUAAUGUCUUUCAAGUAUAGGAUUAACACUUUACAAUGAGGUUAACAUGAAUUAACAAUAAACAAUACUUUUAGAGCAUUUACUAAUCUUGGUUAAUGUUAAUUUCAACAUGUACAUUUUUGGAAUUACAAGCUUUUUGUUAACACUUUAAUGCAUUAACUAACAAUGAACAAUUUUAUUUUUCUAAAUGAACAUUAAAAAUAGGCUAUUUAUUGUUCAUCGUUAGUUCAUGAUACCUAUAAUGCAUUAACUAUUAAUGUUAACAAUAGAACCUUAUUGUAAAGUAUAUAGGUAUAGUAUCUCAGUGCAGACUCCAUUUAAACCCAUGAAUAUGGAAAAAUCAAUGCAUUGUUAAAAAUGUUAUCAAAAUGUGUAUGUCUAUUGAAUCUGAAUUGCCUGUACCAAAUGAAAUCGGUGAAUACUAAAUGAAAGACAAUAGAGCAUAUAUCAUUAUUUUGUAAACAAGAUAUUCAGUGUGCGCAAAUGUCGUCAUCUCCAGAUAAUGUAAUAUCACGUUUAGCCCCUUAAAGUGAGGCAUCACAGUGGUUUUGUAUUGGAAGAACAAAAGACUUGCAUGGGGAAAACUAAAGUACGUUGAACUCAUCCCCUCCAUGGCAUGGAAAAAACUAAGACGUGAUCAGAGACUGAGAGACUAAGAGAGGGUGAUCACACCUUCAUGUCCAUGCCUUGUGAUGCAGUCUCCAUGGCGACUACAGUUUCCUGGAACAAGGAAAUUGAUCUACUGGAAUUCUGGAGUUUUCUGAUGGCCUAUAAGACAAAUCCAAACAAGCUUGCGAUGUUCUUCUCCCAACAAUGAAAGCAACAGGAUUAAGAAGGCAUCGGGGGAGAUCCACACAGUGCCUAGGACUGACGACCAAUCGAGAUAAAGGCCAUUAACCUUUCUGCUACCAAAACAGAACUGAACUCACCUUCAAACAGAUAAAAGAUGCCUGCAUAUCUUUCUGCCACAUCCUCUUGAAUGACAGCGAACCGCAACACUUUAGAAGUGACCUUUUGUUUUUUUCUGUUUUUUGGGAAACUCUGCAGGGACAUAUCUAAUAAGAAGAAAGCAAUAUGAAAAGAGCAGGAAUGUUGGACACGAGCUGAUCAUCUGUGAAAUUACUGCCCUCUGCUAUCUGGCAGAUAUUAGUCAAACCAUUAUUCUGGUGUCCAUCAUGUGUUUACAGUUUAGCUGUUGUUGUACCAGAUGUGAAAAAUAAAACGUUCUUGC